AUGAGCGUCAUAUCCAACCUACCGAUGGCUAUGGGAACCAACGAACAGCAAGUCAUACAUCCCUUCUUCCGACAAGACUUUGGUGUUUCGGUCAAAUCUCCACCCUCAGGCGAAACAAUAUCGGCCGUACAUACCCACGCACACGAGCCUCGACCGAUAAGCAGCCAAAGCUCUACGCACGAGCAGGAGCUACAGGCCCCGGAGAACCAAAAUGAAAACCAAGAUGCAAAUCAGCUCAAAAUAAACCAUGAAAUUCCUGUGGAUCUUGACGAAGACCUUAAUGAGGAUCGGAGGAAGAGGCAGAGAACGGACAAGGCCCAAAUCACCGAACCCACGACUGCUUCCAGUGCAGGUCUCUCAGAAUGGCUCGGGCAUGGCGUAACCGAAAAUGCGCCUUCAUUGGCUAAUCAUCCUGUCAAGACCGAAAUGAAUUUGUUUAUACCUCACCCUAAGCCUCCGCUGGCGGAUACCCAAGCUCUUGCAGAUGAACCCCAACAAGUGACACCUGCUGAGAACGACAAAGGAGAUGGCCGAGUUGCAAGAACGUCUGCAAGGCAGAAAAUCCUUAAACUGAAUUCGAAAGGAGGGUUCCUGUCGUCACCCGCCUCCAGUCCUCCCAGAGACACACAAAAGAAAACAGCCGGGAAGCGUGGAAGGCCAAGGAAGAUGGAGAGCAAGGUGGUGAUGCUCAAGUAUAGAGCUACCACAGAAAAAGACAUCGGAAAGUUGAUCGAUGACAUCCUAAAUAGCCGAGCGGUUCACAAGCCCCCUGCCAUUAUUCCACCUGUUCAACCCCGCAUGACGAGGAGCCAACCCCGAAAGCCCACGCACCCGUUUUUCAGCAAGAAAUCAGCACAGAAGACUGGGCCUGCGAACCUGAAUGGAUCUCAAUCGGACAAACUAGAUACCAACGCGAGCGUGCCCUCAACCCAAACCACAACUGGGGCCCAGGACAAGAAGCGGAUAGUCCCAGCUUCGGGCAGCUCGUUUACCAGCUUUCCCCGUCGCGCCUCCAAGUUUUCCGAACUAUUUGAUCCCCUCUGGCCACCGCGAGAUCUUGUGCAUAUCAGAUACGUUCACCCGUCCACAUGUAUCAAUGGCCGUGCUUGGCAUGUUACCCAGGACCGGAAAAAAUCGAAGAUUGCAGCUAUCUCAAUCAGAGACGAAGAAAAUGUCCUCCUAGCUGGAACAGCUGAAGCAAGAAGGAUCGCCAACCUGCCCAAACAGGAGUAUGAUGCCCUCGCUAUUCUUCGCCAUCCCGUGCGGCAUGUUGCCAGCAGUCAAGUUUUGCAUACGGCAAUGGAAAGACAGAUGUCGUGGUCCUCACCAAACCGCAAAUUUCCUUGGGAUUCUUCUAGUCCACCGCUUGCCAGACUGCGGUCAGCUCUACUCACAUCAGUUUCUGCUUUUGACCGCGCGACCUAUGAAUCGCAGCUAUGGGCGCACAAGUACGCCCCUCAGUCAGCUGAAGAUGUUCUCCAGCUUGGCCGUGAACCACAGAUGCUUCGAGACUGGCUACGGCAUCUCAAGAUCACUGCAGUGGACACUGGAAAAUCAUCGAAGGAGACUGCUAAAGCGAAAUCGAAGCGGGAGAAAAAGACGAAAAAACGCCAGAAAGCCGACAAAUUAGAUGGGUUCGUGGUGUCAAGCGAAGAGGAAGCCUCCGAGAUGGACAAUCUCUCAGGCUCAGAUGAUGAGUUAGCGGGCGGCGUGACCACAACACCUCAACGGACAGUGGUCAGGUCGGGUGACAUAACAUCUGGACUACAUGGAGUAGAGAAAAAGACUCCAAUGACCAAUGCGAUUCUUCUUAGCGGCCCGGCUGGCUCUGGGAAAACCGCUUCAGUCUAUGCCGUUGCGAAAGAGCUUGAUUUUGAAGUCUUUGAGAUAAAUGCCGGAAGCCGACGAAGUGCCCGAGAUAUGCUGGAACGAGUUGGAGAUAUGACGCAAAAUCAUCUUGUUCAUCUCCUCAACGAAUCCGAGAAUUCAACAGACAAAGACAAGGAUUGUGCUACGCAAAACAAGCUGAAGAGCUUUUUCAAAACCCCAUUUUCGAAGGCUAGCAAGCCUGUCUCCGAGUCUGGCGAAUCCAGUUCGAAAUCCGAAACUACCACUAAACGUCCCCGGGAGCAAAAACAGUCUUUGAUCCUGCUUGAAGAAGCCGAUAUCCUUUUCGAAGAAGAUCGACAAUUUUGGACUGGCGUCUUGACUCUCAUCAGCCAAUCUAAACGACCCAUCGUCAUCACCUGCAAUGAUGAGAGUUUGAUCCCUACCCAGGAUAUGUCUCUUCACGCUAUACUACGAUACUGGAAGCCUGCUCCUGACUUCAGCGUUGAUUACUUGCUUUUGGUUGCCGCCAAUGAGGGGCAUAUGUUAAAGAGAGAAGCCGUCACUAGACUUUAUCAAGGAUCCGGAAUGGACCUUCGGAGGUCUUUGAUGGAUCUGACUUUCUGGUGUCAGAUGGGUGUUGGUAGCGAGAAAGCGGGCCUGGAUUGGCUGCUUCCUAGUUGGCCACCCGAGUCGAACGUGGAUCAUGAUGGUGACCGACUUCGGGUUUUGAGCCUCAACACCUACGAACGAUAUAUGGGCUGGUUUAAUCGUGAUAUGAUUUUGACCCAAGACUCGUUGGAUGAAGAGGCGGAAAUCAUCCGCAACAGCUUUCAGUCGUGGGGUCUUGGCCUGCAAGAUUCCGAAGACAUGGCUGGGAAGACUGAACUCCAGUCUAUCUCUAAGACAACGCAGCUUGACAUGUUGUGUCGGGAAGCGGAUUACUAUGACGCGCGAAGUUCUCUCGACAUCCUUUGCUCGAAUCUUUCCACAGACGUGAAAACUGAUGUUAUUGAUAUAUCCGGCCCACCGCCACCAGAAGGCUAUAAAUCUAACUAUCUUGACAAUUACCCGCUCCUGCAUACAGAGUUGCGAACUGAGUAUUCAUCACUGAGUGAAACUGUCAGCAGUACGUUUGAUGCGUUAAUAAGCAAAACUUUCCGUCCCACAGCUGCCGAGGACUUGGAAUCUCUAUACGCGAGCCGAGUCUUAAGCAAAACCAUCGUCUCUGCAAUGCCACCCCAAACUCCUCCAUCCACUCUCCCUCAAUUCCAGCGCAUCUUUGGACCCAUCAUGCGUGCCAACUACUCAAACCCCACACCAACCGCCCGCCACGCCCCCUCAUUCGAGAAUGGACUCGCACCGAUUACGGAAGACUUGGCUCCGUACAUUCGCGCUAUCAUGGUCUUUGAUAGUCGCCUCCAGCGAUACCGUGAGAGAUUGUUUGAGCUCACGGCGCAGGAUCAUGGCCGCGGCGAGAAGCGUUCACGCACAACACGUGCUAGCCGCGCAGCCCUCGAAGGAGGCGACAAAGCCUCAACGCGCAAGGAGAGGUGGUUUGCCCUAGACACGCCUUAUUAUAAAGUGCAAGGCACCGCCGGGCCCGAGUGGCAACAGGUUUUGUUCCAAAUGGGGUAUUUCCAUGUCCAACCUAUGGUUGAGGCAUCUCCCGAGCGCAGUGACCAUGUCUUAAGCGACCAGGUUAUGGAGAUUGCCGAGUGA